AUUCCCGCCGGUAACGGAGGACUGGGGCUUGGUCUUGAAGUUUUCAGAUGCAUCUGUAGAUGAAUCAUAACAGCAUCAAGAUGUCGGGACGAUCAGGCCGCGCUGAGACCCGAAGUCGGGCUAAAGACGACAUCAAAAAGGUGCUGGCAGCCAUCGAGAAGGUGCGCAAAUGGGAGAAGAAAUGGGUGACAGUUGGAGACACAUCCUUACGCAUAUUCAAGUGGGUGCCAGUAACAGAAACAAAGCAGAUAUUUCGCACCAAAUCAUCCACAGGUGGAGGAGAUGUUAGAGGAUUGAAAGAUGUCGUCCUGGAGAACACAAACUCUUUACUGGAUUUCACUGAUGAAAACAGCAACCAGAGCUUUCUGUCGGACGUUUACCAGCCUAAAAUGGACAACAGCAGCAGCACUUCCAGCUCGCAGCAGGUCAGCCCUCCACAUACCUCCAGCGUCCGAACUGAAGACUCGCAGCCACCCAUGCUGGGCCAGGAGAGUGUGGAUGAGCCAGUUCAUUCAGGACAGGAGGGGGCUGAUGAGCCUCCCACUCUCAUCAAGGAGGACCUUCUUUCAUCAGGAGCUGUUAGACGGAGCGCCCCAGACACACAGGAGGAAUUGGAUGAAUCAGGAGCACCCCCUUUAAAGAAGAUUUGCCCAGGAGAAAAUGCUGCUCUGAGAUAGCUCAUUUAUAAUAAUUUUGUUGAAAUGCACAUGAUACCUGUCCUCAGUCAGAUUAGCUAAGCUUUCAAAAUUAUUCUAAGGUUCUCUUGACAUAUUUACGCAAAUUUCAGCAAAUGAGAAAAACUAUUUACCGCUACUUACCGCUUUUAAGGGUCUUUAAAGUAUGCCGUUUUAAGUGAAUGGAGAGGAUUUUCCAUACUUUGUGUGGCAAGUCACUGCUGUUGCAGGCAGUGUGUAUUUCAAUUCACAUGCUGUAAAUGUUUUCUGGCGACUAACUGUUUCUGAUUUAUGCAGUUGAACUUUACUUUUGCAUGUUUCCAUAUCCUAUUGCUUUAAAUUUUGAGGUUUACAGGCCAUUCUGAAAAGGUGUUAAAUGUGUAGCUUUAUGCAGAUUGAUGUUUAGAUGUGCCAUUUUUGUUUUAAAUACGAAGCCCUUUCUGGAACGGAUCUUUUUUUGGCUUAUCACAUUGCAAGGAUAAAAUGCUUUUUUAAUAUUUAUAAUAUAAUUUGCCCAUGUUUAUAACUGACAACGCUGUAAACCAUAAUAAAUGCUACUUUCCAA